CCCUUCGGCCCCGCCCCCCCGCGCGCUUCCAUUGGCGGGCGCUGCCGCGCGCGGCCCGCUGGGAAAAGCCGCCCGGAAGUCGGGCGGAAGGGAGGGACGUUCCCAUAGCAACCGCCGCGGCCGCCAUGUCGUUCAAGCGGGAGGGGGACGAUCCCGGUCAGCUUGGGGUGCUGCAGAAAAGACGCGUCGCUGACCUGUUGGCCAAUUACAUCCCCGAGGACGAGGCGCUGCUGCUGCGGAGCGGGAGGUACGCCUGCACAGUCUGUGCCCACCGCCCUGUCUUUGACACCCUGGACGUGCUGACGGUUCAUCGGGCUGGCAAGAAGCACAUGGGCAGUCUGCAGCGUUUCUACGGCAGAAAACGCUCCCUCCAGGACCCCUCCCCGGGGCCCCGGCAGCAGCAGGAGGAGGAGGAGGCAGGUGCUCAGGGCGCCGGGAAGAGGCUCCGAUGGGCCCCGGGCGGCACCGGGCGCUGCCCCGACCCCCCCGGAGCCGCCGCCGAAGGACGGAGGAGCCCGGGACGCCCCCGAGGAGCUGCUGCCGGGACAGCGCGGCGGGAGAGCGGACGCCCCCAAAGCGGCUCCAGCGCGGCCGCAGCGCGGGGGGAAGGGCAGAACCUCAUCCCCGAACCGGGUCCGGCCCCUCAGCCCCGAGAGGCGCCGGCUGCUGGAGCGGGUCCUGCAGCUGCGGAGCGCCGGCUGGAUCCAGGAUCCCUCCGGGAAGUGGCUGAAAGACGAAAACGCCGAGUUCGACUCGGACGAGGAGGAGCCGCCCGCGCUGCUGCCGGCCUGAGGCCCCUCCCUGCCCCCUUGUCCCCCGCGGGGACCGGCCCCCCCGAGUGUCCCCAGGCCCUUAAUAGAGGCAGCUGGAGAGGACGGAGGUGUCUGAGCCGUUGGGGCAGCUCUGGGAGGGCUGACUUUGGGGUUGGGGGGGAUCCCCAGCGUUUUCCCAUCCCGGGGUGCUCGUCCUGGUGCGUGUCCCCCCCCCGAGCCAGGGCCCUGCCACCUCCCCGUGGGUUUCAGCCUGUCCCCAGCCCGUCCCCUGCUGUCUCUGGCCCAAGUCACGCUGGUUUCUCACCCUGGCAGCUGCCUGUGGGUCGUGGCCUUUCGGGGGGGGGGGCGGUGCCGGGUCCCUCCCCCUCCCCAGCAGCUGUCCCAGCGCUUUGGGAACCACCCGGCCCUGCCCCCCACCCACCUCAGCUCCCCCCCAUGUUCCCUUCCAGCCUUUGGGUGCUCCCACACCUUGGUGGUCCCACUCCCAGCCCCUGGCUCUGUGCCCAUCAUGGGGGGUUUGCCCUGCUCCCCCCACCCCUCCUGCUGCUGUAACCCAAUCCCUUGGGUAUAAAUACCCUGGUCCUGCUGCUUCCCAGGGGGAUUCAGGCAUCCAGCUGGGCCCCCAUGGAUUAGCUGGAGCCUAACGGGGGUCUCAAGCCCCAGGAGAGGUUGAGGGUGGUGACCCCACUGGUGUUCCCCCCCCCAGCCCAUCCCUGCCAUCCCAAUUCCAGCCCCCCCAGACUCAUCCCAGCGGAUCCCGAAGCUGCGUCGCUCCCUGGGCUUUAUUUGCAGCAGGAG